AAAAAAAAACUUUUGUGGCCGAAGCUAAAUGAAAAAGCUUUGAUACUUUGGGGGUAGAAAGACGAUUGAGAUAUUUCGAAUCAGAGAAAGAGAGAGUAUCGAUUGGUUGAAUCAUUAAUGCGGAAGAACCCUGGCUGAUAAUUGGCGCUAUGGGAGAUUCCGCGUCUUCUUCAUAUGUUCACAAAUCUCUUGGUGGUGGCUCAGGCGAGUCUCUUUCCCUCACCAUUCUUGCUGAUGUGCUGCUAUGGAGAAACCAGAGUGGUGCAAUCAUUUUGCUAGUCUCUUCCACUGGGUUUUGGUUUCUGUUCGAGAGAGCUGGUUACAAUCUCUUGUCUUUCGUCUCCAAUGUUCUGCUUCUUCUUGUCGCCAUCCUCUUCUUAUGGGCCAAGUCUGCUUCUCUACUCAACCGACCUCUACCACCAGUUCCUAAUAUGGAAAUCCCUGAGGGGUUUGCAAACAAGGCUGCUGAUGGUAUCCUGGUUUUGAUCAAUCAUGUACUCUCUGUUGCAAGUGAUAUCACCAUUGCUAGAAAUCCAAUUCGUCUCCUUCAGGUUUCAUUCGUCUUGUGGGCUAUAUCCUAUGUUGGGACCUUAAUCAACUCCCUCACUCUUGUCUACAUUGUGAUUCUUCUCAGUCUUUCUCUUCCUGUUGUGUACGAGAAGUACCAAGAGCACAUUGAUGAUAAACUGAACUCGACUUCUAAAGUCAUUCGGAAUAUCUCAAGGAAGAUUCCCAUACCCGUGAGCAAAGAAAAGAAGUAUCAGUAGGGUAGUGUGUAAGUAAAUAGCUGCAGGUGAAAGAAAAUGCCGAUUUGUUCACCAGACUAAUUACAGCAGCUUUUAGCACGCAAGAAAGAGUCAUUCAUACUGGAUUGCUUGCUACAGGAGGAUGAUCAAGCUGCAGAAGAAAAAAAAAGUGAAUCGCAGUACAGAUUUUUUGUUCAUUUCUUUCUUGUUUGGCUUACUAGGUUUUUUUUCACCAACUUCUUCUUUGUCUGCUCUGUUCUAGAUUCAUGAGUUUUUGUUUUUGUGUAUCUUUUACUGAAAACGUUUGGUCUUUUUUGUUUACACGGAAAUGAUUUGUGGUAGUUUUGCUUGGAAUCGAGAAAGAUAAUUUGAGUGGCAAUUCGAUCAUAA